AUGUCCGAAGUGACUUCACGGACGUCCGCCUCGCGCGGCAGAGGCUCCGGCCGUGGUGGUAGAGGAGGUUUCGCUGGUCGAGGCGGCCGUAGACCCAAUGGCGACAAGGCCGACUACAAAGCCGACGACUCGCAGGCUGCAUUUGAAGACGAAGGCGACUUUGGCGAGCUUCGAAAGCAAUACGGCGACAAGACAUCGGUAAUCCGCGAGAUGUUCCCUGACUGGUCCGAGGCCGAUGUCCUAUUCGCUCUCCAGGAGACCAACGGCGACGAGAACGAAGCCGUCACUCGCAUCGCUGAGGGUACCAUUUCGCAAUGGGGCGAGGUCUCAAAGCCCAAGAAGGCUUCCCGAGCCAAGGCCAAGGAGCAAGCUCCUGCGCCUUCGAACGACGCGACGUCUACCGGUCCUCGAGCCGCCCGCGGCGGUCGUGCUGUAUCUGAGGGACGCGGCCGAGGUCGAGCUACGGAUCGAGGGGGUCGCAGCACUCGCGGCCGAUCUGCCCAAGCUGCUCCUACCAACGGCGCCCGAACCAAGGAGAAUCAGCAAUUGUCCAUCCCCACAGAGGAGUCAUCUGCUUGGGGCAGUAACGAACCCAAGGGUGAGGUCUCAGAGGAGAAGGAAGUUCUGUCCGAGAAGCCCACACCCCCUGCGAAUGUCGAGGCCCCGAAGCCUACUGCUCCUCCGGUCAAGACAUGGGCGAGCAUGUUGCGACAGUCGACCGUUCCCAAGGCCCCGCCUAAGCCAAAGGAAGCUCCUGCGCCUAAGCCCGCCCCCGAGCCCGUUGAACCUGAAUCUGUUCCCGAACCUGUCGAACCCGAGCCUGAGCCUGAGGUCGCCCCCGAGCCCGAGCCCGCACCUGCCCCUGCUCCCGAGGUGGCUCUACUCCCCUCCAAGGACGAGCUCACCGAAACAAAUCUUGAACAGGUUGUUGACGACUCUAAGCCAGCUCCAACUGGUACCGCAGCAAGCACCGCCGCUGACUCUUGGGACCCUCGACAGAACCCCGCCAGUGUUACUGCUACACCUAUCUCGGCUGCUCAACAGCAGCACAUCCCCCCACGACCUGAUGCCAGCGGUUUCGCCGCCUCUGCCGCCAAGGCUACCGCUGAACGCACCGCCCGUACUCCUAGCCAUCAUCAUCACCACCAACGACGUGUGCUUGACCAGGAGGAAGCUGUGCGAAUGCCCGGCAACCGUGAGGUUGACCGCGCCGCUGUCCAAUUUGGAGCUUUCAACUUGGCCGAUGCCGACGAAGACAUUGAUGGUGACCGAGAGGAGCCCGAGACUCGGGCUCAGCCCCCUGCUGAUUCCCCUGUUGCUCACCCUCGAACCUCCCUUCCUCCUGCUACUCAGGCUGCUGUCCCCGAAUCUUUUGCUCAGAAGCCUGCUUCUACUGUGACCCCCAUUGCGGCCCCGACUGGUAUGCUCUCUGACUCUUGUUCGAGCCUUAGCCUCGAUGCUAAUACCUCUACAGCACCCGCUUCGCAGACCCAGGCUCCGGCUCAGGUCCAGGUACCUGGCCAGGCUCCCGCCUCUAACGCUCAGCAGUUCGGUCGCUUCGGCCAGGCCGGUGCUCAGGAGGCCGCCGCAGCUCCCCAGAAGCCUCUGGAUCCUUUCAACCAGCAGAGCACCCCCUCUUCUCAGCCUCCGUUCGACAACUUCCCCACGCAGACCUCUCAGCCCCAGCAGCCUGGUGGCGCCUUCAGCUCUGCGCCCAGCGACUACGGCUCAUACUACACUGCCAACCAACCCGAUCGCAACGCUACCUACGCGUACUACAACCAGCAAUUUGGCCAGCAAGGACAGGGACAGCAGGAUGCCACUGCCUCCCAGCAGCGACCUUUUGCCGGUUACGGAGCAUCUCAGGCUGAUAACCUCAGCCAGUAUCCUCAGAGCGGCGCGCUGCACAACCAGCCCCGAUUUGGCGGAAGUGCGGCCGAUGCCCAGAACAGCGGCAACAGCACCCCUAACCCCACGACUCAGGCUCAGCAACAGCAGCAGCCUCAGCAGCCUGCCCAACAGCAGCCUGCCCAGGGAUCGCAGCCGCAAUCACACGGCCAGCAGUAUCCCGGCUACAACCAUCCCUAUUACAACAGCCCUUAUUACCACCAGUACUAUUCUGGAUACGGCCAGGGCGGAUUUGGCCCCUACGGAAAGAGUGGCAUGUAUGGACAGCCGUACGGCAUGUCGCCUAACGCGCCUUAUGACCAUACGUCGUCCCCUGCUGGAUUUGGCCAAUCUUCUCUGCACCGCGAUAGUGGCCUGGGCUCUGGCCUUGGUGACUAUGGCCGUGUUGCUACCAGCCAGGCUGGCAGCCAGCCCGGUCUCGGAGGAAGCGCAUUUGGUAGUGUUCACGACAGCUUUGGACGCAGCGCCUCUUCGUUCCAGUCUCAGGGACAGUCGUUCAACAGCCAGACACAGCCUGGCAACGCUGGUUCGACUGAUGAGCUGAAGCCGUUUGGCGAGACCAAGACGGCUGCAGGCCCAUCCCCCUCGCUCGGCGGAGCUCGCCCCGGAUCGGCCACCAAUGCCCCGGCCGCUCAGGCCGGUCUCCCCCCGCCCCAGAACUCUCAGAUGGGCGGCUACGGUGCUGGAUACCCCAGCCACCUCCAGGGCCAUGGUCUGCACGGCAGCAACGCGUACGGUAUGGGGGGUAACGCGGGUGCCAGCCAACAGCAUGGCAACAGCCCCUACGGAUCUUACGGUCAGGGCUUCGGCAGCGGCUACUACGGCGGUGGCCAGCAACAGCAGCAGCAGCAACAGCAGCGCGGCUGGGGUGGUAACUACCACUAG